GUGCGGCGUUCUUCACUGCCGCGUCUGCCUCACUCUUACGGCCACUCCUUGCACGCGACGGCAGUGCUACGCCGGUCAGGCCAAGCCCUUGUUGAUAGUAAAAGGGAAGACUAUGGACAAAUAUGUGGCCAAGUUUCAUGUCCCUGGGUCCAACGGGAAUCCGAUCGGCGACAAAGGCGCAGGCGGGAAAGCUGUCUAUAGGGUGGUGAG